UUCGUCAAUCGUACUCAGCCGCUCGCAGUCUGCACUCGCACUGCAGCGGCAUUCGCGACCACUACCACUACAUCUCCGGACAUCAUACUUCUUCCGUAUCCCUCCCAUACAUUACCCUAAUGUCAUGGGUCCAGUACGCCUUUUUAAGUAUUUAAUACUUUUUAAUUUAUUUUUUUUGGUUUUGUCUAAUCACAUUUGCCCACCCAAAUGUCAGUGCGUCCGAAAUGCAGCCCGAUGCUUACAACAAGAGUUGGUGACCAUACCGAAAGCUUCACCCGAAACGCAUACGCUAGACGUCCGUUUUAACGAUAUCGUUGAAAUAGCGCCCGGGACGUUGAAUCACCUGCACCGGCUGCGUUCGUUGCUCCUCAACGAUAACAAGUUGCGCGUGCUGCGUUCAGGCGUCUUCCAUGGCCUCCGUCGCAUCAAGUACCUGUACUUGUACCGAAACAGAAUACAGCAUAUCGAUCCCGAUGUUUUUCAGGGCUUGAUGCAUUUGGAACAACUAUACUUGCAUGUGAACGAGAUUCAUCAAAUCGAACCGGACAUGUUUUACAAUUUGCCGAGACUGGAAAGACUAUAUAUGCACAACAAUUUGUUGAAAGGGAUUCCGCCAGGAUCAUUUAGAGAUUUGCCAAAAUUGCGUAAACUCCGUUUGGAUAGCAACGCCCUGGUCUGCGAUUGUUCCAUGUUGUGGUUUGUUGAGAUGUUGUCUUUGCAUAAAGAUAUGGAAAUCGCGGCUACGUGUUACGGACCAGAUCAUGCUACUGGAAUUCCUUUGGCCGCCAUGACUGGAAAAGACUUCAAUUGCCGUCACCCUAAGAUAGAGUUAGGCCCCGAAGAUGUGACUGUUAACUUUGGAGAAGAUGCUAUGUUUAGUUGUGUUGCUAAUGGGGACCCAACACCUGAAAUUGUUUGGUACCGUGAUUCCUCUACACUGCCAUUAAUUACAAAUCGAUACGAAGUAAUGAAUAACGGAACUCUGAUGGUUCACGACGCUGACGAAUCUGAUCUUGGGUACUUUGAAUGUCUGGCUAAAAAUGCUGCCGGUGAAGCGCGCUCUAGGCCUGCAAGAAUGAUUAUCCAAUCACAACCGGAUGACGAUGGUACACCGGUGUUUAGUGUAGCGCCUCGAAGGCAAAUUGUUAAAAUUAACCAAGCGCAGGUUAUUUUUGACUGUAUUGCUAAAGGUCACCCUAGACCACACUUAUCGUGGUAUUUCAACGAUGGGAGGAUACUUUUAAGUGAACGUAAUUCAAUUGCAUCUAAUGGGUCUAUUAUUAUACGUAAAGUCCAAGAAUCUGAUGCAGGUUCUUAUAGCUGUCAAGCUGAAAAUAUAAACGGAAAGAUUACAGCAUCUGCAGACUUAGAAGUGAUAGUGGCUCCAACAUUUUUAACUGUACCAAGACCUAAAAAUGCAAUACUGGGAGAAAAGAUUGAAUUUAAAUGCACAGCUCAAGGAUUCCCAAAGCCUGUUAUUACAUGGUUUAGAAACACAUUACCUUUACCGGAAAGCGAUAAUUACGUUUUGAAGAAUGAGAAUCAGAUAUUUAUCAUUUUAGAAGUGACCAUAGAUGACGAGGGCCUGUAUCAUUGUAAGGCACAAAAUACGGAAGGUAUUAUCGAAGCAUCGGCAGAACUUAAAGUUGACGAGAUUAAUUCUAUUCCACCUCGUAUUACAGUUCAACCAGAAGACACUGAUGCAUUUAAGGGAACAUCAAUACAAAUGCCUUGUGAAGUAGAAGGAGAACCGCCUGCUUCAAUAGAAUGGCGAAAAGACGGUUCACGAGUAAGACCUGAUGGCAGAAUUGCAAUUACUAUAUUUGGAAGCUUGAUUAUUAAUAACGUCUCAGUGACAGAUACCGGACUAUAUGAAUGUUCUGCAUUUAAUACACACGGUCGCGAUACUGCUUCUGCUUCAUUGGUAGUAAAAGAUCACAUACUUCCUGGAGAUCAAUAUGUCAAUAUAGCUUUAACACAAGCGACAAGAGAUGUUGAUCAAGCCAUUUCAAGGACAGUUGAACAACUAUUUAACAAUAAAAGUGCUAAUGUAGGCAUUCAUGAGCUCUAUGUAAUCAGUAGAUUCCCUAAGAAACAAGCCAGAGAGAUUGCUAAAGCUGCUGAAAUUUACGAAAGAACUUUAGAUAAAGUGAAAGAUCUUGUAGAUGCUGGAUUAAAGGUUACCUCAGCGGAACCUUUUAACUAUCAAGCAAUUUUAUCUAAUGAACAUCUUGAAGUAAUCGCACGGCUCUCUGGAUGUGUUGCUCAUAGAGAUUCAAACAAUUGUUCUGAUAUGUGUUAUCAUGGAAAAUAUCGUAGCUUCGAUGGUACAUGCAAUAACUUUGUUCACCCUAUGUGGGGUGCGUCACUAACUGGUUUCAGACGAAUUCUUUAUCCUAUAUAUGAAAAUGGGUUCAGUAAACCUGUCGGUUGGAAUAAAGAUUUCAGAUAUAAUGGUUUUAAUUUACCAGGUGCUAGAUUAAUAUCAACAAUCAUUAUAACUACUAAAAAGAUAUCAGAAGAUGUUGAAAUAAGCCAUAUGACUAUGCAAUGGGGUCAAUGGUUAGACCAUGAUUUGGAUCAUGCUUUGCCGUCAGUCAGUUCAGAAACAUGGGAUGGAGUCGAUUGUAAAAAAACAUGUGAUUACUCACCGCCCUGUUUUCCUAUUGACGUACCACCAAACGAUCCGCGUAUUACGAAUCGUCGAUGCAUUGAUUUUUUCAGAACAAGUUCAGUAUGCGGUUCGGGGAUGACUUCUGCCUUGUUUGGAAUAUUACAACCCAGAGAACAAAUUAAUCAGUUGACUUCAUUUAUUGAUGCUUCACAAGUAUACGGUUUUGAAAAAGACGUAGCUCAGGAUUUGCGUGAUUUAACAACUGAUGAUGGAAAACUGCGAGUUGGAUUUGCAUUUUCAGGAAAGAAGCCGUUUUUACCAACAACUGGUUUAAAUGCUAUGGACUGCAGGCGCAAUCUACAAGAAAGCAACCGAAACUGUUUUGUUGCAGGUGAUAUACGAGCAAAUGAACAAAUAGGUUUAGCCGCUAUGCACACCAUCUGGAUGAGAGAACAUAACCGAUUGGCGAGUGAAUUAAAAACUAUAAAUCCAUUUUGGGAUGGCGAUAAAGUUUAUCAGGAGGCAAGAAAAAUCGUGGGAGCUGAGAUGCAGUUAAUAACCUAUGAGGAUUGGUUACCUAUUAUUCUUGGACCUGAAGGAUAUCAACAAUUAGGCGAAUAUAAAGGUUACAAUCCAACUACUAAUCCAUCGAUAUCUAACGUUUUUGCUACAGCCGCUUUGAGAUUUGGCCAUUCGAUGAUUAAUCCUGUACUUCAUCGUUACGAUGAAAACUUUGAAACUAUUCCUCAGGGACACUUACAACUGCGCCAUGCAUUUUUCUCUCCUUGGAGGUUAGUCGACGAAGGAGGAGUAGAUCCUCUAUUAAGGGGUAUGUUUAUUACACCGGCCAAAUUAAAAACUGCUACACAAAACUUAAACUCGGAGCUUACUGAGAAACUUUUUUAUAGUGCUCAUGCUGUUGCCCUUGAUUUGGCUGCGAUUAAUAUUCAAAGAGGUCGUGAUCACGCUUUACCUCCUUAUACGAAAUGGAGAGAAGUCUGUAAUAUGACUGAAGUAAAUAGUUUCGAUGACUUGGCUAGUGAAAUAACAAACAAAACAGUUAGAGAUAAACUAGAAAAGUUAUAUGGCUCUGUGCAUAAUAUUGACGUUUGGGUUGGAGGUAUAUUAGAAGAUCAAGUCGAAGGUGGUAAAGUGGGCCCACUAUUCAGGUGUUUGUUAAUUGAGCAAUUCCGUCGACUGAGAGAUGGUGAUAGAUUUUGGUAUGAAAAUCCAACAAUGUUUAAACCUGUACAACUGGAAGAAAUUAAACGUACUAGUUUAGCUAGAAUAUUAUGUGAUAACGGGGAUGAUAUCGAUACCAUUAGUGAAAAUGUAUUUCUGCUGCCUGAUGUCCAAGACGGACUUAUAUCAUGUGACGACCUGCAAUCAAUUGAUCUACGGUACUGGGCAGAUUGUGAAAGUUGUAACGAUAUAGGAAGUUCUGAGCGAUUCACCCGGCGUGCCCGAAGAGAUGUCACACAUACAGAUUAUAUUGAGUCCAAUAAUUUGCAAAAUGACGUUCGCUUGAAUCGUUUAGAGGAUACACAAAAUAAUGUAGAAACAACCAUGAAAAAUCUCAAAGAACGCAUCGAGCAAUUAGAAAAGAAAUGUUAUCGUAAAUAAAUACGACGCUUUUAAAACACUUGU